AUGUUGGAAACAGAAGCCUCGACAUUAGACGCUUUUCUCUCUUGGGCGAAAGGACAGGGAGUAGAAUCAGAUGUUGCAAUUGAAAAAGUACCUGAUAAAGGAUUAGGUGUUGUAAGCAAAAAACGACAUUUCCGAGAUAAUUCAAGGGUAAUAUUUGUACCUUCGGUAGUUCUGGUAAACGCGUCCAAAAUAAUCAGAUAUGCAAAGGAAGAAGCGCCGAAACUCGAUUCUUUCUAUCAGGCUCUACGUCGCGAUGGAAUAUCAACGACUGAACGUAUUAUAAUAAUGUCCUUCAUAUUAUUUGAGCUAGUUGGACGUUUAUCUCUAGGAGAAUCUGCGCCUCCACCGUCACUCUGGAAACCUUACUUGGAUAUCCUACCGAGAAAACUCCAUACUCCAAUGUUUUAUAAUGGCACACUGAAAGCUUGCCUUGAUGGAACCAGCCUAAGUUCGGCGGUGGACUCAAAAUUGAAUAAGCUUAGACGUGAAUUUGAUUCGCUUAAACCAUAUUUUAAUAAGUGGAGAGCAUCUUCGUCUACUUUACAACCAGAUGCUGCGACCAAUGUUGAUGUGGUUACACUUGAAGACUUUAAGUGGGCUGAUGGAGUAUUUUGGUCAAGAGUAUUGUCAUUUGGAAGUAGAAUGGAGGCCUUGUCUAUCGACAAAUCCACACUUGAAUCCGAAAUUGAUGAUUUACAUCUGGUCCCUUUCAUAGAUGUGGCAAACCACUCGUUGACACCAUUGGCUCGGUGGGAAGUACUUACAGAUGGAGCAGAAUUAACCUUAACAAAAUCUAGUAAUCAAGAGCCAAUUCCACCAGAAACUGAAAUCUGUAUCUCGUACGGGGAAAAAUCGAACUGUGAACUUCUUUUCUUGCACGGGUUUGCAUUAAAAGAUGAUCCAUGGUCGGCGAUAUCUUUUCCAGUUCCAUUCUUGGAGGGAGAUCAAAUUGUUGAUGAGAAAUUAUUAUUUAUGAAAUAUCAUGGAAUUAAGUCAUCGGUUUCAUUAUCAAGAAAAAAUGAUGGUAUUGAAUUACCGCAUGAAGCCAUUCGAGCUAUGUGGCUUUGCGUUUUGGAUGAAGGUGAUGGACUAAAAAUAACCACCUGCGAUACAAAACCACAUCUUGUAGAAUUAAGUUUUGAUGGUAAGGUCAUCAGUAGUCUCGAGAUGUUGGACAGUGUCAUACAAGGCGGGAAAUUAUUCCCGGUAAUUGAGUUGCGUGUUGUCCAGAUCAUUUUGGAUGCUGUUGAAAAUCUCUUGUCGAAUCUAAGGCAAACUAAUGAGCGAGUCCUUAAAUUGAUGGAGACAGCGAAUUCACGAGAAAUUGAAUAUAUCAAAAUUUAUCGGGAAGAUGAGCAUCGAUUUUUGGAAUUCGCGGUUGAAGAGUUUACGAGAAAGCGUGAAGUUUUGAUGAAUAACGAAGGAUUUGAAAGAUUUGAAAGAUAUUUUAGUGAAUAA